AUGAAAGGGAGGUAUUUUAAUGGUGGGCGUACAACGAAAAACUUGCCAAUGAGUUAUGAUAAAAAAGCAGACGUCACCUCUUUAGAUGAGGAUUUGAGACAACUAAGGCAAAGCAAGUUCUCACCUGAAGCGGUCCAACAUAUUAAAAAAUGGAUAUUUGAAUCAGUGCUAACAGAAACCGCCCCCCCUGAGCAAUUACUGCAGUGCCUGAAAGAUGGGACAGUCCUUUGUAAAUUAGCAAACAUAUUGUAUGAAGCAGACACAAAAGAAGCAAACCAUAUUAAUUUGAAGAGCUCUAAAAUGCCAUUUGUUCAAAUGGACCAAAUUUCCCAAUUUCUAUCGUUUGCAAGGGCAUACGGUGUGCCUGAAGAUGAAUUGUUUCAGACGGUUGAUUUAUAUGAAGAGAAGGACCCAGCCAUCGUUUAUCAAACGUUAAAAUCUUUAUCUCGGUACGCUAACAAGAAGCAUCCAGACAGGUUUCCAGUCUUAGGGCCACAACUAUCGACGAAGAAGCCAAGACCACCAGUCAAAUCUAAACCACACCAUCUACAAGGCAGUACUGGAUGGAGCACCUUUGAGUAUGGUUAUAUGAAAGGCGCUUCUCAAGGAAGCGAGGGCGUUGUAUUAGGCCAAAGAAGAGAUAUCGUUUAA